CUUUUAUCGAUGUAGAGACCGUUCAUUCUCUCACUCUCAGUCCAUGCGCACACAUAAUGGACACGACCGUGUACGUUCCGGCCAUCGUCAAUGGAUCAGAUGGGCUCUUACGACUCAUACGUUGAUGCCACCGACACACCUAUGUACACACGAUGACAUGCAUUCUUGCGGCCUAUUCCUGGCUCACAGGAGAGCACUACCAACACACGUACGAAAGAAGGCCAGCUGUUUGCUUCUUUACGAUUGUCACCACACGCACAAGAACAGACAGACACCUCAAACAACGACACGCGCUUCACAAACAACAAAUGCUCGGCCGAAUGACUCACCGGCACUCGCAAAGAUGUGGGAAAUGGGGCCAUGGGCCACGGCCCGUCGAGCAAAGCAUCUAGCUCGGAUCCGCAGCUCGAUUCACGCGAUCCACUGCGCGAUCCAAGUGAACCCAAAUCGCAGUUGAAAUGGUCAUAGACACAUCAAUUGCGUCGGCGUCCGGGCAAUCAAUGACGUCAUCAAGGUCAUACACGGUCGUCGAUGAUCUCAUAAGGGCCGUCGCCGUCGCCGAGAGGCCUAUCCUCUGGCCACUCGUCGUCGCUGUCGCGGUCGAUGUCACCAGGCUUGAUGACAUCAAGAUCAAGGCCGUUGCCUUUCCUCCGACUAGCCGCUUGCUCAGCCGCUCGCUCAAACUCUCGCAUCGCGUCUUUCACGGAAUCCAUUGGGUCGGUUGAAAUUCCAAGUCGCAGUCGGCGUUUCUCCCCAUCUCCGCCGCUGGUAUCUUCGUCCGGCUCUCGUCCUGUCCCCCUCAGCUCAGCCAGUCGCUUCACGCGGUUACCGCCGAAGGGAAAAUUAUACAUUGUUACCCCUGAAGAGUCAAAUUGCAGUCUGCGUUUCUCCCAGUCGUCGCCACUGGCACCUGGGCCGUCGAUGAUGUCAUCGAGGGACUCGUCAUCUGGCCAUCCGUUGUCUUCCUCAGCCGCUCGCUCAGCCGCUCGCCCAGCCGCCCGCUCAGCCGCUCGCUUCACGUCAUUCAAGGGAUUGCCAAAUCCAAGUUGCAGUCGGCGUUUCUCCCCAUCUCCGCCGCUGGCAUCAUGUCCAUCGGUCCCUCCAAGUUGCAGCCCGCGAAGGGCGGGCGGGGCCUGACAGAGAACAGCCACGCAUCAAUCAAAGACACACACACGCGUACAUGAGGUCCUCAGCCGCUCACCGAAGACACAGCCGAGAUGGCGAGGGCAAGAGUCAACAGAGCCACCUUCGUCAUGAUGGUCUGCUGUCUUUUCCGAUGCAGGCACUGGGCAGCACUGGGCACUGGUAGUUCGCAGCAGAGAGGGACUGAGAUCUGAGACGAAGGGCGCAGACUGAGGUGAAAGGGCGCAAAGAGAGAAUUGGGUGGAUAGGUAAGAUGAACGAGGGAAUGGGUGGCAUAAGCGUAGACAGGGGCGCCUUUGCGGUCUUCUCGCGACACCCGUCUCUCUCCAUCCUCUCUCCCCUGCUCUCUGUGCUCGGUCUCUGUGAUCUCAGUGCAAUCGCGUGAAAUUCGAUGCUUGCCGCUGUCGGCAACGCCCGGCUCGCGAGCUCCUCCUUCGGUU